AUGAAGAUUGUUCGUAGAGACUUUGUUCCUGAUGGUUCUGGUAGUGUAAAGAUAAUUCCAGAAGAAGCUGAUGAUCUAUGGGUUGCUUAUAAUCUGAUAGCUGAAGGUGAUACUGUAUUAGCUGUUACUGUUAGGAAGGUCCUGAGGGAAGCUGCUUCUGGAGGAAGAGAUGCUGAACGAGUGAAACUGAAAUUGGAAAUUAAAGUUGAGAAUGUGGAGUAUGACAAAGAAGGUUCUGCCUUGCGUAUUCGCGGGAAGAAUAUUCUGGAGAAUGAACAUGUAAAGAUAGGGGCCUUUCACACUCUGGAAAUUGAGCAACACAGACCUUUUGUGCUAAGAAAGGUGGUCUGGGACUCACUGGCACGGGAGGUUCUUCGUCAAGCUUCUGAUCCAUCUGCAAGUGCUGAUCUGGCUGUGGUUCUGAUGCAAGAAGGAUUGGCACACAUUCUUCUUAUUGGUAAAAGUGUGACUAUCACCCGUUCUCGUAUAGAGUCUUCUAUACCGCGCAAGCAUGGACCGGCUAUUGCAGGUUAUGAUAAGGCGUUAAAUAAAUUCUUUGACAAUGUUCUACAGGCCUUUGUCAAGCAUGUUGAUUUCAAAGUAGUUCGCUGUGCUGUGAUUGCAAGUCCAGGAUUCACCAAGGAUCAGUUUCAUCGUCACCUGUUGUUGGAAGCCGAGAGGAAGCAACUAAGACCUAUAAUAGAAAAUAAGUCACGCAUAAUUCUUGUCCAUACAACCUCGGGAUACAAACAUAGUUUGAAAGAGGUUAUGGAUGCCCCAAAUGUAAUGACUAUGAUAAAAGAUACAAAAGCUGCCAAAGAGGUUCAAGCCCUAAAGGAUUUUUUCAACAUGCUUUCAAAUGAUCCUGAUCGUGCAUGCUAUGGACCAAAGCAUGUUGAAGUUGCCCAUGAGCGUCUGGCUAUUCAGACACUUCUCAUUACUGACGAGCUCUUUAGGAGUUCUGAUGUAGAAACGAGGAAAAAGUAUGCUAAUUUGGUCGAUUCAGUCAAGGAUUCAGGUGGUACUGCUCUCAUUUUCUCGUCAAUGCAUGUCUCCGGAGAACAAUUGAAUCAGCUAACCGGCAUUGCUGCAAUCCUUCGUUUUCCUUUGCCGGAGCUGGAAGACAUUGAGAUGUGA